GGCAACAAGUGCCGGAAGCUUUACCCAAGCAUUGGGUCACGGCGCAGAAGGCGCGGGAAGGCUAGCAUAUACGGAGACCUCGGCAACAGAGACGGGAUAGGUGGCGAUUUGAGGCGAGGGUGUGGGCACCGAAGGUGAUGCAGGAUUGGGGGCAAGCAAUCGAGAGCGAGACACACUGACUUGGCCCGCGCACCCGGGACGGCUUUUACCUCCACGCUGCUUCCUUUGCGGCGCUUUGGAACACUCGCGAUAGAUCACUGGGUGUCUCUCUUCGCGGCAAUUAACGCAGCUCGGAGGUUCAACCGUAUCGGGCAUACAGAAGCAGUGAGUAGUGCCGUGGUCACCCAGGCACUUGACGCAUCUAGUCCUGGCAUAACAGUUUCUAGCCAUAUGCCCGUAAAGUUGGCGUCGGUUUCACUGGCCAACGAUGUCACUGUUUCGGGGGGCUUCAAUUGCAAUCCACGUUAAGUUGCAGAUGAGCCGAAAAUGGAAAAUCUCCUUGACUUCCGGAGACAGGUUCGGAAUGACUAAGCACAAGUCUGGGAAACGUUUUUUGUCGGUCUGGUGGUGCAUUUAGUGCAUUUCCCGGACCGGGAGAUUUUGUCCUCUAAAAUGUGGACGGUCUCAAGCUCCUUGGGGAGUUCUUCCUUAUUUCCUUCUGUCGCCUCUAACAAUAGGGGGUGGUGAAUUGUUUUUUUUAUUUAUUUUUUAAAAUUAAGUUAUGAAAUUAUGCAAACUCCAAAUGUGGUUAUAUUGUGAUGCAUCUGAUUUUCUCAUCUUGGUAUUUUGUCUGUUUCUGACGUAACCGAUGUGGUUAACUUUCAAAAGCCAGUAGAUUUCCUGGAUUUCCCGCAGUCGCCUACUACUACACUCACGGGACGUAAUGGAUUGAUGUAUUCGUUUACGUUAUUGUUAUACCACGCUCUAUCUGAAGCCUUAAGAUUUUUCAUUUCCCGUAGUCAUCUCUUCCGACACCCACGCAAUCAAAUGUGGUGAUAGACUUUCAUAUGCCACCAACCAACCGUUAUAAUUUAGAUUUAUACAAAAUAAUAUUGUCAUCUAUCCCCUGUUUUAUUUAAUCUCUUAGACUCAUCUUACGACACCCGUGAGACGAAAUAAGGUGAUGUAUUAUCAUGCGCCGCCAUAUGUCAAGGCGUACGUAAUAAAUAUGUUUUUAUAACAUUAGAGUGAUAAACGAGUUUGCAGUCCUUGUUAGGAUAAGUAUAGCCACUGCAUAAUCUAUACAUCCUUUGCUACCUACGAACCAAGACAUGACAACAACUACUGUUUAAUUAGUCCAGAGAGUUAAUGCUUUUUAUCAAGAAUUAAAAGCCGGUUUUGAAUUUCGUUAUGGUUCUUCAUUUAGGUUGUAAUAAUGUUCCAAUUUACGGUUCUGCUUCUUGUUCCGAUUAUGGUAUAGGUUUUAAGAUACCGGUUCCAAAAUACCAAAAUUGGUAAAAAUGUUUGGUGGUAAUUUCAGGUUCCAGGUCAAUGGAGAAACCUUCAAGUUAUUGUAGCGUAGCUUUAUCUUUAUGUUAUUACUUCAAGACAGAAGACAAAGAGGUAUAUAACUGCGAGAUGUUUUUACAGAAAAAUAUUAUUUUGUGUCAGCCACUCCAGAAUAUUAAUGAAAGGAAAACUAGCUUCGAUCGUAUAAUGGUGAAAUAAAAGUGCAUACGGCUCAAAUUUAGAUUUUGGUUUCUGUUCUGGUUCUAGGAUCAGAAAACAGUUGAAUAACAGUUCCUUAUACCGGUAUUUUCGGAAACUUGACUCCUUUCGCCUUUAUUACUCUGACGCUGUUAGCGAUUCUCCGGUAAUCAACUCUUGGUAAGCUAGACUCGUAGUAAACUCCAACAUUGUUAUUGCUGCAAACAUUUGCUGUAAGAUAUUUUAAAUGUGUCUAUAUUUUUUCUGAUUGAAUUAAAUCGCUGAGGCCUCACAUAGCCCAGAUCAUAAUGAAAACUAGUAGAAAACUAGAACGGAUAUUGCAACUUGAAAAGGUACGUGUACACAUACCCAUACUCGGGUGGAAACUGUUUCUGCUUCCUUCAAUUGGCUGCCGUUUUAACAUAAAUACGCAAAGCCCCGUACACAUAAAGCAACUUUAUUACUCUACGUAUUGUUGUUUUAAGUGGAAAACUAUUCAGAGUAGCGCCAUAUUGUUUUUGAAAGUUUUCCCGACAGUACUGUGAUUUGUAUUAUGAACUCACAACAUUUAAAAAAAUGUUAAAGUUUCAAUAGAAUAUUAUGGCGACUAUCAUUUUGUUUUAGAUAGAUUGAUAGAAAAUUCUUUAUUGCACUCAAACAAACAAACAUUUGGUACAAAGGCGAACUUAAUGCCAAAAAGGUAUUCUCUGCCAGCUAACCUUUGGUAGUAUGGUGAGAGCUAUGGUAGAGCCGCAACAGAGAAAAAGAAAACUUAUUUUCACAUAUUAUUCAAUAAUAUAAUAUAAUAUAUGUUACUUUAUACAUAUCGACACUUCUUAUACACACAUAUAUACAAACUAAUAUAUACACAUACAUACCACACCAAUAAAAUAAAUAAUGUGUUAGUUUUACUGACUAAUUAAGAUAAAAGUGACGAUUUGUUUAAUAUGAUUUAGUAAAUGUAAUGAAAGGCAGUUGGAGCUGUCGAUCGAUAACCGCUUGUCGGAUAGAAUAUCGAUAGUCUAGCACAAUCGAUGCUGUUGUACUAUCAAUAUCCUAAGCAAUUUUAAAAGCAAGUAUUAAUAUUACCUCCUCUUCUCCUUCAUAUGUUUUCCAAUUUCCUCAUUGAUGAACACGAGGUAUUCUUAGUUCAUGUGUCACAUGAUGUAGCAUGAUGUGCUUAUGGUUGGCUACAGUUGACUAUAGGUCACAGUGAUCCCUAUCCAAAAAAUAUGCCGCAAGCUCUUUCGUCUAGUACACUGAUAUAAAAACUGUAUUUGACAGUAUAAAGUUUACAUAUACAUAUACAUAAUACAUAAACACUCACGCCUGUCACCCAGAGGGGUAGGCAGAGAUUAUGGACUUCCAUUUGGCACGAUCCUGACACACCUCUCUCGCUUCCUCCACAUCCAUAUACCUACGCAUACACGCUCGUCGGUUAAAGGUACUCUUGAUUUGGCCCAUUUUUAAUAUAUCGCCAAUUUGGUCGAUAAACUUUCGCCUAGGGCGACCCUUCCCGACUAUGCCGUUCACCUCUGCAACAUAAAUUUGCUUUGUCACUCUUUCCUCAUUCAUUCUUUCUACAUGGCCAAACCACCGAAGCAUUCCUUUCUUAAUCCUGGUCACAACAUCAUCUUGCAAACCACACUCUUCUCUUAUUAAACAAUUUCUCACUCUGUCAUUCAGCUUCAUCCCUAACAUACUCCUUAAUGACCGCAUUUCUACAGCAUUUAUUCUACUCUCAUGCUUCUUCUGCCACACCCAACUUUCAACUUUCAAAGUUUAAUGAUAAUAAUUCCCUGAAAUUAACGCUUCAUCCAUUAUCCAUCCAUUACAGCCUAUAAAAGUCCAUUGCAGAACAAAGGCCUCCUCCGUAGAUUGCCUCGUAGGGAAGAUUUUGCCAUAGUUGCCACGCUUGACAGGUGGGUUGGCAACCGCAGUUUUUUUAUUAUUUUGAAUCGUUAUUAACAAGAAGCUACUGCCCAUGAUCCACUUCAAUUUUCCUCUGUCGCCUUUUACGACACCGCCACUACACGCUAAAUGAACGUUUAGACUAAUUUAUUUAAUUUUUCUAUAUUUACAGAAUAAUAGAUAAAUUUCAUCUCUGCCAUAAUAUUUUCUUCACGCACUGUAAAUGGAAUAUUGGCCAAUCGUUUUAUGUCGCCUAUAGUCAGCCUAUUACGACCUAAAAGAAUAUAACAAUAUUACCGCAUCAUCAUAUUGUGAAAUCCGUUUCCAUAAGACAAUUCGUUAAAAUGUUAACAACUUAAUUCAUAGCUAUACUUGUUAUUAUUUUAUUUGUCAUAUAUUUAUGUAUAUAUAUAAGGACAUUUUUUGCAGCAAUCGAGUCCGAACGGGUCCAAUAUAACACUGUACCCGGCGGUAUUGGAGACAGGUGGACGGUAUAGAUGUGAAGUGUCCGGUGAGAGGCCUCUCUUCCCGACUGUUUCCGAUCACUCAGACAUGAUUAUAGUAGCAUUACCCGAUCACGGCCCCACCAUCACUGGUUCUCGAAUGCGGUAUCAGAUUGGUGACAGAGUUCAAGUGAACUGCACUUCGGGACGGUCAAGACCAGCAACGCGAUUGGCUUGGUAUAUCAACGGUGAACCGGCUCCAUCAGCUACAGUACUACAGCCGGUCAUCUACAAGGACGGAGAUGGCCUAGAAACUACGAGUUUGGCGCUCGACUUCAAAGUGAAGCCCAAGCACUUUAGAAAAGGAGACCUCAAACUCAAAUGUCUCGCCACAAUAGCUACAGUGUACUGGAGGAGCAACGAAGAGAGUGUCCAAGGGGAAAGGUUAAAGGGGUACUCGCGGUCCCGCGAUUUUAAUGAAGGCGCUUCCAGGGCUGACCGAGUCCAAGCCGCUGGUUCUUCAGGUUACGACACUAACCUUACUUUUACGCCUUACCUAAUGAUGUUCUAUGUUACAGUAACACAAAUGUUAAUAAGAACAUUGGAUGUUAAUCGAUGUUUUUGUACUGAAUAUAUGAUGUGAAUGUUUUUUUUUUUUUGUUAAACCUGCUUAUAUCAAAAACUAGUUUAUUCGUUGGCGAUUGGUCGUCAAUAUUAUUUUGUAAAUAGUUUCACGCGUAAUAAUUUAUAAGAGGCGAGUCCCGAAAAAUUUUAUUCGAUUCAAAAAUGUACCUGUAAAAUUACUUAAAACUAAAUUGCCUUCUUGAUGUGGAUCUAGUUUCAAUAUUUAGUUUUCUUAAAAUUAUAUAUAAAUUAGUUUAUAAAAUUUUAAUGAAAUGUAUAAAAGUUUAAGCAACGCUCUAAAAUUUAUUAAAACAUUUAAAUGUUUUUU